GUAUUUAUUUGUACUGUAGACAUGUCAUAUAAUGCUAUUAUUUUAGUAUUAUAUCUAACAAUAUCAUAAAGGUGGGAGGUUUAGCAGGUUCAGCCCACCAUUUUUUUUAAUGUCAGCAUGAAUUUCUCAGUACGGUAGACUUAGCAAUAUUUUUACUCCUCUGACAGCCCUUGUGGUUCUGAAGCGCAAUGAAAUCUGUUAUUUCUACAUUUUCUACUUUCUUACAGGAAUGUAUGCAGACUCAAACAUGCAAACAAUGUGGCGAAAAGAUUGGUGAUCAAGGGAUAGGGAAGCCUAUUUUUACACGCCCUUAUCAGAUCGACCUUAAAUCAGUAGUUUGUAAUGGCCUGUCUGCAUAUGUAUCCGAUAUAGUAAUGAUGAAUGAUGGGAGACUGGUAAUAUGUUUACCUUACCAAUGCACACUGCAGAUUUGUAACGACGAUGGAUCAAAGGAAGACAGGAUACAUAUAAAUGGUAACCCAUGUCAUAUUACAGUAGUUAACAACGUUUCAGUUGCUGUUACUAUGCAUUAUAGUAAGAGUAUAGAGAUCGUUGACAUAGACAAUAAAACCAAACUCAAGUCAAUUUUAGUACCUGGAAUGUGUUGGUUAAGAGGUAUUACAACUAUAAACAAUAAGUUAGUUGUAGGUGGAGACUACACAGUACAUAUUGUAGAUUAUCAGACAGGUGAGGUGGUACAAAGAAUAAAAACUGAAUGUGAUCCUUACAAACUACAUUGUACUGGUGAAAGAAUAUUCUACUGUGAUGACUACCUAAAAAACAACACAAAACUGCACUAUUACCGUUAUACAGAUGACAGCCAUCACACCAUGUCAUUUGAAUCACCACCCAUUAGUGUAACUACACUAAACGACGGCAGUGUGUAUGUGUUGUUAAAGGAUGGAUCAAUUGACCAUGUGCCAUCUGAUGGUAAACAGUAUAACACUGUUACAACAAAUGGACUUCAAAAAUUGAAACGUCUUGUUCUGUACAAAUCCAAUCAAGGGAAACUUGUCACGUUAAGGGAUAGUCCGGAAUGUUUAAUGUCUUCUAUGCGAAAGCAUUCUUUUCUUAACAUUUCUUUUUUGAAUGAAAACAUAGUUUCUUUAGUUCGAUGAAUAGAUGGAUCAUUGAUUAAAAUAAAAAUAUCUAGAUUAUCAGCACAAUAAACCGGAAAGAAAUACUAUAACGCGUACGUCUAUACAAAUGACAACUCAAAAUGUUAAUUUUCCCCUUUUUUUCAUUUGCUUUCUAAAAUAGCAACUUUUGUAAACAUGAAACUACGCAAAUAACAAAAUUUAAGGUUAUAUGGAUAAUUUUGAAUGAUUCAUAAAGGCAUCAACAUAAACAUUUUUUAUCACCAUAAUGUCAAAUCCUUAGUUUUUGUUCGAUUCUUGAUUUGUUUCUUGCUGACCGAUUUACAUUAUUUAACAUUGGUAAACCACUGUCUUUAACUUAAACGAAAUUAAUAAAUUAAAAACAGCUAAUUGCAAUCUUAUAAUAUGCUGUAUAGGUAUUUACAGAAUCUGUAUACGCAAGCCAACGCAUGAGUAUUUUUGCAUAUUUAUCACUGUUUAUGUUCAUGAAAUUGAAUUACAUGUGUGUAUCCCAUCUGUAGAGAAGAGCAUUGUGUUUUAUACGGAUAUUUUCUAUAAAAUUGAAUAUCUUCUUAACAAAUAAUGAUUAUAUUUUGAAACGUUUAAUAUUUAUAUAAUAUUUGUAGAUUAUCGAGUCUUAAAAAAAUAAACAUAACUCACUUUAAAAUUAUGGUUACAAUAUUUCUACUGAAUAUGAAAACGAGAGAAAAACUACCGUUACGGUAGUAAAACAAAGUUUAGUUUGAUUAACAAUGACACAAAAUGCAUCAUAAGUUGAUGGAAUCAUCACAUGUUUUUUUAUAAUUCAAACGAAUGAACAAUUUUUUCCCAAAAAGGUAAUUUCAUUUAAAUGAAUCAAAUGGUUCUGAAAGUUUUUUUGUGUUAUCAUAAUCACAAACUCGGAAGUAAAGAAAUCGUCACAAGAAAAACAUAUUUGGAUCGCGAACGGUCAUGUACCGCUAUUUGAAGAUCAUAAAAAGGGUCGUGAAAGAUCUGAUGCCUCGAAGACGUUCAAAUUAUUCUUCAAUUAUAUGAAAAUUUAUAUUUUUUAUUAGUAUAGGCUAAAAUAGAUUUGCAUGACUAACACAGGUCUCUUUUGUUGAAGAAUAGGGCUAUAUUCGUAAAAUGCCAUUAUGUCUUAUUAUCUAAUUAUCUUAUAAUAGUUCUUAUGUGAUUAGCAUAUUAGGGAAUACGUU